CAAUCCCGAUGAGGCGAAGUUUGGUCAAUAGUAUGCUGUGGUUCACAACAUCAAAGGCCUUGCUGUAGUCAAACAGGAUUACAUCAACUGUGCUACCAUCAUCCAGUGCCUGUGAAACAUCAUUGUACACCAGCAGCAACUGGUCAACGGUGGAGCGCCCCGGGCGGAAUCCAAACUGGUGAUCAGACAAGACAGAGUGUUCCUCCAGUUGCCAGUGUCUGCACUCUUCUGCUGAACUUUGAGUGUGUGUAUCAGGAAUAGAAGCUGUUCCUACUCCUAGACCUCUGAAAAUGUCUGCACUGGUGGAUUUCUUCCAAAAGGGGAAGACAUUUCGUCCAAAGAAGAAUUUUCAGCCAGGCACCUUGAAGUAUUCGCUGUACAAGCACGCCCAGGCAUCACUGAACUCGGGCCUGAACCUGAGGCUGGCUGUCAAGCUGCCCCCUGGGGAACAGCUAAAUGACUGGAUUGCAGUCCAUGUUGUCGACUUCUUCAACCGGAUCAACCUGAUCUACGGCACCAUCUGUGACAACUGCACGGAGGAGUCGUGCCCGGUGAUGUCCGGCGGACCGAAGUUCGAGUAUCGCUGGGCCGACGGCAACAAGUACAAGAAGCCGACGGCGCUCUCCGCACCCCAGUACAUCACACUACUGAUGGAGUGGGUGGAGGCGCAGAUCAACGACGAGUCCAUCUUCCCCGUGACAGUCGAUGUGCCGUUUCCAAAGACCUUCUCCAGCCUGUCGAAGAAGAUUCUGACGCGUCUGUUCCGUGUGUUUGUGCAUGUCUACAUCCACCACUUUGACCGGCUGGUGGCCAUCGGAGCGGAAGCACACGUUAACUCGUGCUACAAGCACUUCUACUACUUUGUCACGGAGUUCGACCUGGUCAAGGAUCGCGAACUGGACGCCCUGAAGGAGAUGACCCUGCGCCUCUGCCGGGAUCCAGACCCGAGCGGGCAGCCGCCGCCGGUCGGCUCAGGGGUCGGCCUUCACUGACGGGCUCAGGUCAGAUGGGAGUGCCGGGGUCCGGUCAGGAGACUGGACGGGGUAGGUGCCCUGUCGGAGGAGCUGGCGAUUGUUCUGACCACGGCAUAAUCAGUGGUGAUUAUCCAGCCACGCGACAAGACUUGAGGCUCGGCGGGGUGCUUUGAAUCGUGCUGACUGCGUCGGCAGAGAUUGUAUUUUUAUCUGGCUUCAGAGGUGGGAUGAUCCAUUAUCGUGGCUGCGGAUCGCAGGCUGUUGGUCAGAGAUUUGACGGCUUUUGAUCGGAUGUACUUAUUCAUAUGCUUGACAUUGCUGAUUGAUACUCUGAAUGUAGUUAGUUGCAAGUGUAUUGCAUAUGACUUCAUAGCACUGCAUGCUAAUAGCUGGCAAAUUAGCGAUAUCGUCCAUUGUUAGUUAUCUUUGCAGUCCUUGCCCCAUCUUAUCCUUAUGACCGUUCCAUUGCUCGUUUGUCUAACAUUGCAUUUUACUGUGCACCAUUACUAAGUACUGGAUAGAAAAUGUUCAUUAGCUAAUUACUUUACGGAUCUAAAAGUUAUUUAGGAUGACUUUCGUACACCAAGCAGAGCUUUACCUCCUGAUGAUUUUACAUCUAUUCGAAAUGCCAGAUGUCCUAGAUAGAUUUCGUACUUUUGUAGGAGUUCAGUGCCUCCAUGAUACUAGUCUAUCCCAUUUUUGCCACAUGCGUUUUUCAUAAACUACCCGUCACUGUAUAUUCAGUAUUCACCCGUUUAUUCACAGUUUUAGGCUGCCGUGGCUUAUGUUAUGCCAAUCGCUUCGCAUUACCUCGUAGCGAUGUGAUGAGAUAGGAAUUUCGUCACUUUCCUUUGUAUACACAUUUAAUCAAUCUCACUGAUACCAAAACACAUUCGACGUCAUUGUUUGCUCGUUGAGUGGUUUCUUCUGUCAUCCUUUGCCUUUUAGUUUCCGUUCUUUUUUUUUUUCCUUUAAUGAUCACGUCUUCGACUGAGGGCUGCGAUUUGAUUCAUGUUUAUGUUCGGUUGUGAUUUUAGGAACAACACUCCAGUUAAAAUGGCCCUGAGCCUUGACAGGCAAAUUGUUUUUUGUCAUUCUUAAGUGCUUGGUAAGUAUAUACUAUCGUACCUAUAAUAUACUUUUAUUAUUGGGUCGGCAAAGUUUUGCCGUUUGCGUGAAUUUCACAUGUGUGGUCUGUACCUUGUCCAAGGACUAGUCCCCUGAUCUGCAUGAAGUUUGGUACUUCUCAAAGCAAAUAAGGGCAUUCUGCUCGCUAUGUUAGGUUUUGAGUCAUAGAGCAACACCGUCAUUGAUGAUUUAGCAUGAAAUUACAUAAGCGUAUAAGAAUGAAAUAAGUCAUGUCUGUGCAAACUACGGAAAGAAUUAUACCAUUUUCGUAAUAAUUUUGUUAUGUAUGAUACGUUUUUUAUUGCCACAUCUGACAUCUUUGCAUGCUGUGUUUCUCGCUUCGCGUGUUUUCAAGACAAUAACUCCGAUUUUGGAUGUUUGUAUCCCUUAUCACAAUUUUAUUUAUGCUUAGACAACAUUCAAUUGAUGCCCGUCGGAAAGCUAUAUGCUCUGUGGCAUCCUUGCUUAGCUUAUAGAAGCUUACGAUGCUCUGAAGGACAAUAAGUGCUAGCGUACCGAUGUGACUCAACCGACGACUCAGUCUCUUGUGCCUGAAGGGUCAGGUAGCGCAGAAGUCACGUGACGAGAUGGCACUCACUGAUGCCACCACGUGACCUUGUCAGCAGGUGCGUUCGAUCCGUUGUGAAAUACCACGUGACGGGAGCUCGUCUGGUGUCAGCCGGCCCGUCGUCGGUGCUUGUGAUAUUGCUGUAGUCUGUGCUGAAAUGUGUUUUGUAUGGGAGGGGGAUCGGGAGUGUAUGUGUGUAAUGUGUAUGCUAAAUCCCGCAUCAUGAGUCACGAACUUAGCAAUAGCAGUCGUCCGCGUGUAUAACAUCCUGUCCUGUGCUUCCUGUGGAUUCGUUCAACCGUUACCAUAUUCCCACUGACGUGUUCUUCCACGCCCUCUGCUAUUUCUUUUCUUUUUUACAUCCCUUUUUCUCAUUGUGAUUGCUCCAUCCGGAAUGUUCGAAACCUGUUUAGAAACGGUUGUGAUAUUCUGAUUAGCGUUCAUCGCUUCACGCAUAGGAGCAUAACAUUUAGUCUCCGGGCAUUAUUAUUUAAUUGUAGUCAAAUGCUAGCUAGAUAGUAAUUUCGAUGCAUAGCUGCGCUUGUGCUUAUCAAUAAACCUGCUAAUAAUG